CACACAGUGGUAAGCAUAUCUAGGUUCGCUCCUGUUGCAUGGCGCUGCAAUUCAUGGCACUAGGUGCUUAAGCUAGCAAGUGACUCAGAUGGCGUCUCGCCGGAGGGUUGAGGAGAGCGUGUGGGUGGCGGACGUGGACGCGGCGCUGACCGGCCAUGACCCGUCGACGGAGGCGGUGCAGUGGCAGUGGCACUGCAUCUACCGCGUGCCAGCGUGCAUCAAGCACCUGAAUCUCAAGGCCUACCAGCCGCAGGUGGUGUCCCUGGGCCCUUUCCACCACGGCGAGCCGCACCUGCUGCCCAUGGACGUGCACAAGCGCCGCUCGCUCCUCCACUUGCUCCGUCGCGCGCGCAAGCCACUGUCGGAGUUCGUAGUGGCCGUGGCCGGCGUCGCGGAGCAGCUGGAGGGCGCGUACCAGGGCCUCGCCGACGACUGGCGCUGCGGCCUCAGCUGCGAGGAGGAGAAGAGGGAGAGGUUCCUCGAGAUGAUGGUCACCGACGGGUGCUUCCUGCUGGAGGUGAUGAGGAUGGCGUCCGGUUUCGAGGUGAACGACUACGCGCCCAACGACCCCGUCUUCAGCAGCCACGGCCUGCUCUACAACGUGCCCUACAUCCGCCGCGACAUGAUCAUGAUCGAGAACCAGCUGCCGCUCCUCGUCCUCCACAAGCUCCUCGCCGUCGAGACCGGCAGAGAUGAGAACGAGGACUUCAUCAACCGGAUGGUGCAGCGGUUUCUAACCCCGGCUGCUUGGCCUCCGGCGACCGGCGUCGGACUGGCGCUCCACCCGCUGGACAUCCUCCGCCGGAGCCUGCUCUACGGCCCCACGCAGACGGCUCCCCCCGCGCCUCCGGAUUACGCGGUCCCGGACGACAUCAUCCGGUCCGCCGAGGAGCUCUACGAGGCGGGCGUUCGGUUCAAGCGGAGCCGGACGAGCAGCCUCCUGGACAUCAGCUUCCACCACGGCGUGCUCCGCUUGCCGGCCAUCGUGGUCGACGACACCACGGAGUACAUGCUCCUGAACCUGAUGGCGUUCGAGCGGCUGCACGCCGGCGCCGGCAACGAGGUGACCGCCUACGUCUUCUUCAUGGACAACAUGAUCGACACGGCGGCGGACGUGGCGCUGCUCACCUGCAGGCGGAUCGUCCACAACACGGUGGGCAGCGACAAGGCGGUGGCGAAGCUCUUCAGCGGGAUGUCCAGGGACGUGGUGCUGGAGCCGCAGAGCGCGCUGGACGACGUGCACCGCCAGGUGAACGCCUACUGCCGGAAGAGGUGGAACCGCUGGCGCGCCAACCUGGUGCACACCUACUUCAAGAGCCCCUGGUCGUUCCUCUCCCUCGCCGCCGCUGUCUUCCUCCUCGGCAUGACCAUCAUGCAGACCGUCUACACCGUGCUACAGUUCUACCAGGAUGCCACCACCAGCUAGCUUUUAUCUAAGCUAUAAGUUCCACUUCUACCUUGUUCGAUUUACUCCUGAUAUUUGAGUGAAGCGUGUUUGAUCACUGUGUGGCUUUUAUCGAUAAUGUUUUAGUUGCAUCAAUUCAUGACUGUGAUGACUGUGAUGACAUUACUCAUUUUUAGAGGAAAAGGGCUCACACCCUGGUUCCAUUGCAAUAACGAAACCACCGAACAUUUGAGUUUGGAGCUACAAGGCGCGCAGGGAAAAAUAACAGCAGAGACGCUGCCCCAGCAGACACACUCUAGACAGUCUACGCUCCUGAAGGAGCAAGAGAGCAAAGAGCGAAAAUAACAGUAACAAGUACUACAAACAUCAGCAUUAGCUCAGCUACAGACAUCAGGAAAUUAUGCAACAGGCGCAUCUUUUAUGAAACCCAACUCUUCGGAGCGCGAAGCCAUCCCUGAAGCGAGGAAUUGCUCCACAGCAUUGGUUCAGGCCUAGCCAGGGUCCGGACAUAGGAGAAGGGGCGGUGCUCGCGCCAAAUGUUUCGGUCUUUGCACCA